AUGUUAGACCUAAUUAACCUAGAUGAUGAGUCAAAGACAAGUACCAAUCUGGAAAUUCUAAACACUAUCCCAGAUACUGAAACCGAGACUCAAGCCAAAGUACAAAUAAGGUGCAAACCAAAACAGACUAUGAAAUUAGUAAAAAGUAGCCCAAAGAAAAUUGUAUCAAAGCAAACACGACAAGAAAUGAUUCCAACUGGAGAUA